GAGGGGAAGAGCGGAGAGCUGAUCGCCGCAGCGUUCUGCGAGGAGAUCGGCGCCCCGCAGCUGGCGCCCCCGAGCUGCCCCAGGAUGGGGACGACGUUCGGCGCAGUCGCCGCCGCCCUGGAGGGCGAGCUGCUCCUGCCCCUGCGCGCACUCCAGGAGGGCACUGAGUCGAUGACACGCACUUUCCUGGGCGCGCCGGUGCCGCGGAGGCCGAUCGAGCAGAAGGUCGCGGAACUGACCGCCGCCGUGCUGGAGGGCGGCUUCGCCCGGUGGCGUUACGAGAAACCCGGUGGGCAGGGAGCAGCUGCGCGGCCUCUCCGAGGCGCAGGUAGAGAAGUGGCGCGAGCCCACGGAGACGCGAGUGCGAACGCUCCUGGUGCACGAGGACGCACCUGGCGAGUUGGGCCUCUUCUGGGCCACCAAGAUCGGAGGCCCCAGCCACGGCUUUGA